AGGGACAGGGAUAAAACGGAUAGGCCCCCCAACGUCAAGCCACUAACCCGGGAGAGUCAGGAGAGACAGCAGCUCACCUAGCAACAGUAAGUUGUUUUCCAGGAGGUCAGCGCCUGCCGAAGCUUCUCCUCGAUGCUCUACACGCUGGCCGGAGGGGGCACGCUCUGCGGGGUGGUCUCCCUGGUGCUCCUCAUCGUCUCCACGGUGACCGACUUCUGGAUGCAGUACCGGUACUCGGGCAGCUCGGCCAAUCAGGGGCUCUGGAGAUUCUGCAUCAAUCACAAAUGCCACGCCCACACCAUGACAGUGGCCUUCUGGGACGCCACCCGGGCCUUCAUGCUGCUGGCCGUGCUGAGCUGCUUCGCCGGCGUGGUCCUGGGCCUCAGCGCCUUCGCUAACGGCACCAAGAGCAGGAGGGUCCGCACAGGGGGCAUCGCCCUGAUCCUCUCAGGGUUCCUGGCGCUGCUGGCCCUGGCUAUUUACACUGGUGUGACGGUCACGUUCUUCGGCAAGAGGUUCAUGGACUGGCGCUUCUCCUGGUCCUACAUCACAGGCUGGGUGGCCAUCAUUCUGUCCUUCGCUGCAGGCGCCUUCCAGCUCUGUGCGUACCAGAAGACGGUCGGAGAACCGGCUCCACCCAACAUCCAGGACACCUGAAUCCUGCUCGGAGCGGCACAACUGUCGAAUGAACUAGCUACUACGUCGCAAAUAAAGUAUCAACGGUCACAGCUUUGAAGGUUUUCUAGAAUAGAAUAAAGAUUAGAAGGAUA